CCCAGUAAACGCCCACUGACACGCACGGAUAUAAGAAACAGUUGCAUCGUGUCGUUUUCGGAGCAGACGAGGACCACCGGAGUGCUCUACAGGAGAGAACUAGAACCACUAGAGCUUGUUGCAAACCAUGCGUGUGUGCAGGUUAUCGAGUGGACUGCAGACUGCUCUGCUGGUGCUGUUGGCCAGCUGUCAAAGCGUCUCAGCACACACCGAUACUCUGCUUCCUCCAGAGGUCUCCCAGUACAAUGGCACUCUGUAUGCAGCCUGCAAAGUGAGACCCAGCACUUCACUUCCCGAGGGCCUCCCCAAGGUAUACGGCCAGGUGCUGUUCAAACAGCAUUCUGACGGAAGGCUCCAAGUCCUUCUCCGGUUCAACGGCUUCCCCGCAGAGGGCCCUCCAGAGCCCAGGGCGGUGCACAUCCAUCAGUACGGAGACCUGAGCCAGGGAUGCGACUCAACCGGCGGCCACUACAACCCGUACGGUGUGAACCACCCUAAACACCCGGGGGAUUUUGGCAACUUCGCCCCCCAGCAAGGGAAAAUCAAUGAGCUGAUCGAAUCCAAUGCAACACUGUUUGGAGGCCUGUCUGCGCUUGGAAGAGCGGUGGUGGUCCACGAAAAGAAGGACGACAUGGGACGUGGCGGAGACGCCGGGAGCCUGUUGCAUGGGAACGCGGGCCGCAGGCUGGCCUGCUGCGUCAUCGGCAUGUCCUCCUCCAACCUUUGGGACUUGCAGCAUCAGCGUUCGGCAAGGCAACUCAGGAGGAACUAGGCCCACAAAACGGCCGUGUUCUUCAGCACAGAAUUCAUCCCUUUGUUUGUUUUUGUUUUUAAGUAGUUCUGCACACACGGGAUACAAGAAGAAUCGUAUGUAAUGCUUAUUAAAAAUCUAAAUUGAAGCCAAA